AACGCAUCCUCAACUCAACCGCCAUUAGCUGGCUCGGCUGCUCAUCAAUCAGCUCCUCAAGUGAAGUCGCCAGCCAGUUGAGGUUGCGUUGCGGUUGCGGCCCCGGCCCACCAAAAGAGGGAGAGGCAGCACAGCAGAGCAGAGCUCCCCAAUCCACAAGAAAACAAGGAGGAAUACACCCGUCAUCUAUCCAUGUCGUCCAUGAGCUGCUCGCCCUCGCCACCGCAAGACGGCGACCACCACGGGAGGAGGCCGCUGGACCUGCUGGACGAGUACUGGUUCUUCAGCAACACCCUCGCCAACAGCAACAAGCCGCCGCGGCUGCCCAGGUCGUCUGCCAAGGAUCAACGGGAACAGCAGAAGCAGGGCUCGACGACCUCGGCGGGGCCGUCCCGGCUACUACACGCGUCGGGGGGCCGGAGGCUUCUCCGGACUCCGUCGCUUCCGUCGCCCCACGUCGGGAUGAUGGAGGAGAUGCCCAAGGAUAAGGACGACGACCUGCUGCUGGUCGCUGGCAGUGGCGGUGCCAAUCGAGAACAGCAGCAUCAGCCGCCAGAGCAGGUGGAGGUGGACGACGACGACCUCAACUGGAGCUCCAUCUACGAGGGCGUCCUGCGCACCAGGAUGGCCGAGGGAGGCGCCAGUGGCAGGUCGGCGCUGCGCCGGGCGCCGUCCAUGCCCGUCCCAUCGUCCUCCGCGACGGACCACGACCACAACCAGAUCACCAAGUCCACAGCCACGCCCCCCUCCAUCUCCCGGGCAGGUGAAUCACGGCGGCGGCGCGGCGAGGUCCGUUCGCUGAGCGCGCGCUCCAGGAGCGUGUUCCAGGACAAGAAGUGGAGGAGCUCCAGCGACCUGGAGUCGAUCGAGGUGCAGGGGUUCAGGGACCUAGGCUUCGUCUUCGACAAGGAGGAGCUGAGGGAGAGCCUGGCCGGCGUCCUCCCGGGGCUCAAGCAGGCCAAGAGCAGCCGCAGCCGAAGCAGCGGCGGCAGGCCUUACCUGUCGGAGGCGUGGCAGCAGCGGCCGCCGGCGCUGGUGAGGGUGCAGUCGGAGGCGAGGUCCGCGGCGGAGAUGAAGGACCAGCUCCGGAUGUGGGCGCAGGCCGUCGCGUGCAACGUGCGACAAGAGUGUUAGCUGGCUGCUGCUGCUGCUGCUAACCCAGCCAGACCAUACAUCCAAUGCAAACCAUCAUCAUAAUCAUCAUCAUCAUCAUCAUACUUACUUGGAUCAGUUUUGUUACACCAUGCGUACCCAUGUACUUACUAUAUAUACUAUAUAAUUACAUUUGGAUUGGAUCCUCUUUUCAA